GCAAUUGCGAUUAUAUCUUCUUCUCCUUCGUCGUCUUCAUCUUCUUCGCUGCUUCUUCUUCACAGUCAGUCAGCCACUCCGUCGGCAGACAGAGAGAGAGAGAGAGAGAAGAAGCUCCGAGCGUCCCCUUCAUCAGCCGUAGCAGCUGCCAUGGCCAACGUGAUCAUGGCCUCCUCCAAGACCCAAAUCCCCGUCUCCUCCUCCCUCCCCACCCCCAUACCCAAGCCCUCGCCAAUCCCCCAACUCUCGCUCCCGAAACCCAAGGUCCUCUCUAUACCGUCCUCAUCCGUGGCGCUGAAAUCGGUCUCCGUCAUCGGGGCCGCCGCGCCGCUCCUGCUGGCCCCACUGCCGGCGCUGGCAGUGGAGAUCGAGAAGGCGGCCCUGUUUGAUUUCAACCUGACGCUGCCGAUAGUAAUGGGGGAGUUCCUGCUCCUCAUGUUCGCCCUGGACAAAGUCUACUUCAGCCCUCUCGGGAAGUUCAUGGACGAGAGGGACGCUGCCAUUAAGGAGAAGCUCAGCAGCGUCAAGGACACCUCCCAGGAGGUGAAGCAGCUGGAGGAGCAGGCGGCGGCGAUUAUGAAGGCAGCCCGUGCAGAGAUCUCGGCGGCACUGAACAAGAUGAAGAAGGAGACGCAGGCGGAGGUGGAGGAGAAGUUGAGGGAGGGCCGAAAGAAGGUCGAGGCCGAGCUGCAGGAGGCUCUGGCCAACCUAGAGAGGCAGAAGGAGGAGACCGUCAAGGCCCUCGACUCCCAGAUUGCCGCCCUCAGCCAGGACAUUGUCAAGAAGGUCCUCCCUGUUGAGUAGAUAAAGCUCCAAAUUUUGUAAUUUCUGCUGUGACAUAAAUCACUUGUAAUUUGUACUGUCAUCUGCCAACAUGAUGCUCUAAUGGAAAAUCAAUUCUUACAUAGUAGAAUUCCUGGUUCUGU